CGCUGCUGCGGGUGUGGAGGCCGGAGGGCAGCCGCGCCGUCUCCGUGGGCGCCGCCGGCACCGAGAUUUACAGCUUUGAAGAGACUACUUUUUCCCCCUCAUUUUUUUCCGCUGCAGUAAUAAAUCCCAUUAUGGAGACCCAGAAACUUUAUAAAGGGAUAUAGCUUGAACUCUGUGGAGUGUAAUUUUGUGUAUGAAUUAUAUUUUUUAAAUAUGAAGGGUUUUCAGAAAUAAUAGUAAAGUUAAUUACUGGUACAUUAUGUAAUACAGUAUUUUAUUAGGCAUUUAUGAUAAUACUACAAAGGACAAGCUGUUACCUUGAUAAAUGUAUUUAUCUGUAAUUACAAAAUGAAUGAUAUAGGUGCAUGAUCCUUAAAUGAAAGACAGGUUAAUUUUUAAAUGCAGAGUGGAAAGUUUCUGCUGUGGAAAUUUUAUGGUUAACUAGUAAAGUUUAUAGAGAAAAUACCUUCAAUUGAUCAAGCAUAAUAAUAAGGUGGUAUGCAGAGUUAGGAAGAAAAACAACAUAAUGAUGCUGCAGGAAAUGGAAACAUAUAGACAAUAAUUAACAAAGGAAAAAUUAGCAGUUUGUGAGCUUUAAGCAAAAUUAAUUUCAUUUGACAUCAUAUACAAUAUAACAGGAGUAAGUUCAACAAAGCUUGUGGGUAUUGAUGUCCCCCAAAACUAUCUGAAACUAAUAUAAUCCACUUAAGUAAAUACUAUGAUAAUAAGUUGUGUGAAUUAGCCUUUAGAUAAUGUGACCAUAUGAAGACUUUAAUUCUUGUUUACUAGACUAAAAUAAGAUUUUUUUAUUUUUGGAAAUUAUAUUAACGUGCUUGUAGAGAAAGAAGCCUGCAUAAAGUUUUUUCUUUUUAUAGCAUAAUCAGUAAUUGGCUUGAUAACCAGACUUUGUAGUUACAACCAAAAGCAAAUUUAGGUAUUCUGUAGUUGUUUAGAACUUUGGGAAUAUAAACCUCCUUUAAAAGUCAAUUAGUUUUAAAUAUUUUCAGAAGUGUAUCAACUUCUUUCAGGUCAUUAUAUUAGUAUUACACUAAAUAAUGACUUAAUAGCAUCUGAGUUACCUAAAAGAGUUAAUAUAAUCCCAAAGAGUACUACAAAGUAUCUUGGUAAUAUAGAGGGAUAUUCAUCCUACCCAAGUGUAAACGUAGGUGUAAAUCCACUAAACUAGGUGUAGUGAAUUUUAAGUAGGCGCCUAUCAUUUGAUUCUUUUUUAUAGUAAAAAUCUAAUUUAGUGUGAAGAGAUGAGAAAUUUCAUGUGAAAGUUUUUGCCCAUCCAAAAGUAAAAUCACUCAUGCACAAAACUACCUCCCAACGACUUGUCCCAAGUCACUCAUAUCAAAAAAGAUUAUAAUGGAAGAUAGUACGGUCUUAUCAAAUUGGACAAUUGACAACAAACACAAAAUGAAAUACGACUUUUCAUGUGAACUCUACAGAAUGUCUACGUACUCGACUUUCCCCGCUGGUGUUCCUGUGUCAGAGAGGAGUCUUGCUCGCGCUGGUUUUUAUUACACUGGUGUGAAUGACAAGGUCAAAUGCUUCUGUUGUGGCCUGAUGCUGGAUAACUGGAAACAAGGGGACAAACCUAUUGAAAAGCAUAAACAGCUCUAUCCCAGCUGUAGCUUUAUUCAGAAUCUGGUUUCUGUUACUGGUUUGGAAUCCACCUUUAAGAAUACUUCUCCAAUGAGAAACAGUUUUACACAUUCGUUAUCUCCUACUUUGGAACAACGUGGAUCAUUCAGUGGUUCUUAUCCCAACCUUUCAUCAAACCCUCUUCAUUCUAGAGCAGUUGAAGACUUCUCCCCGUUGAGGACUAACCCGUACAGUUAUGCAAUGAGCACUGAACAAGCCAGAUUGCUUACUUACCACCUGUGGCCAUUAACUUUUUUGUCACCAUCAGAAUUGGCAAGAGCUGGUUUUUAUUACAUAGGCCCUGGAGAUAGGGUAGCCUGCUUUGCUUGUGGUGGGAAACUGAGUAACUGGGAGCCAAAGGAUGAUGCUAUGUCAGAACACCGAAGACAUUUCCCCAACUGCCCGUUUUUGGAGAAUUCUCUAGACACACUGAGGUUUAGCAUUUCAAAUUUGAGCAUGCAGACACAUGCAGCCCGGCUGAGAACAUUUAUGUACUGGCCUUCUAAUGUUCCAGUUCAACCUGAGCAGCUUGCAAGUGCCGGUUUCUAUUAUGUGGGUCGAAACGACGAUGUCAAAUGCUUUUGUUGUGAUGGCGGCUUAAGGUGUUGGGAAUCUGGAGAUGACCCAUGGGUAGAACAUGCCAAGUGGUUUCCAAGGUGUGAGUUCUUAAUACGCAUGAAAGGACAGGGAUUCGUUGAUGAGAUUCAAGCCAGAUAUCCUCAUCUUCUUGAACAGCUGUUGUCAACUUCAGACACUCCUGGAGAUGAAAAUGCUGAUCCACCCAUUGUUCAUUUUGGACCUGGAGAAAGUUCUUCAGAAGAUGCAGUCAUGAUGGAUACACCAGUGGUGAAAGCUGCCUUGGAAAUGGGCUUCAGUAGAAGCUUGGUAAAACAGACAGUUCAGAGUAAAAUCCUAACAACUGGAGAGAAUUACAAAACAGUUAAUGAUAUUGUGUCAGCACUUCUUAAUGCUGAAGAUGAAAACAGACAAGAAGAAAAAGAAAGACAAACGGAAGAAAUGGCAUCAGAUGAUUUGUCAUUAAUUCGGAAGAAUAGAAUGGCUCUCUUUCAACAGUUGACUUGUGUGCUUCCCAUCCUGGAUAAUCUUCUAAAGGCCAAUAUAAUUAAUAAACAAGAACAUGAUAUAAUUAAACAAAAAACACAGAUACCUUUACAAGCAAGAGAACUGAUUGAUACUGUUUUAGUUAAAGGAAAUGCUGCAGCCAACAUCUUCAAAAACUGUCUAAAAGAAAUUGACUCUACAUUAUAUAAGAACUUAUUUGUGGAAAAGAAUAUGAAGUAUAUUCCAACAGAAGAUGUUUCAGGUCUGUCUCUGGAAGAACAAUUGAGGAGGUUGCAAGAAGAAAGAACUUGUAAAGUGUGCAUGGACAAAGAAGUUUCUAUUGUAUUCAUUCCUUGUGGUCAUCUAGUAGUAUGCCAGGAAUGUGCCCCUUCCCUAAGAAAAUGCCCUAUUUGCAGGGGUAUAAUUAAGGGAACUGUUCGCACAUUUCUCUCAUAAAAGAAAUAUGGGCUAUAUGUUAGCCUGUAUGUAAAAUUCUUCAAAUAAUUGUUGAACAUUUGAAGCCAUCUGAAGUAGAAAAGGAGUUACUGGUUCUUUCAUUAGUAACAUAUGUGUUCUCCCCUGCUUUGGUACCAGUAAUGUGGUUUCCAAAAAAAUAAAGUAUUGUAUAUCAUAUUUAAUUUAAUCUCUCUUAUAUCAAAAGGGAGAUUUAUGCUUGGUGGACUUUAUUAGUGUAUAAGUGUGCAUAUAGGAGAAAUUAAGGAGUAAGUAGUCUCAGUGAUAUUAUGUAUCAUUUCAGGAGUGACUAAAUUUGGUAUUUCUGAAAGCUUUGAGCACUACAUGAGAGUGUAGUUUAAAAGAACUGGAAACCAGGAACUCUGGAGUUUAUCCAAGUUAUGAUGCCAAAUUCUCUUUGGUGUUUUUAAUUUGUGUUGUUAAAUAUAUUUCUUUUACUGGCAAAUAAGCUUUUUCCUAAUAUGUGAAAAACAUCCUAAUAAAGUUCUUUGAAAAGAUUA